AUGAGCCCCUGGACUGCCACACUAGACUUGAAAAUGGCAAAGCUCGUGGCACUUGUGUUUGUCCAGGCGGAAAUAGAGAUUCCGAUUGACCAGUACAGACGCGUGGAGUUUCUGGAGCUCUUGGUCUCGAAGCUUCUAUUCAAGCAGGACCGCGCCAGCCUGCGCGUCAUAGACCUCCUGGAAGACGGCGCGAGCAUUCAAGUGCCGCACACUCGCCACUCCUUUUCGCCCGUCGGCUUCGUCUUCUUCGAGCGGGAACGCACACAUCUCGACUUCUUCAGAGAGCCCGGCGGUUCUUCACAAUAUCUACGGACGUGGUGCAGUUCUGGAUUCUCCAGAGCAACAAACUGGACACUUUGCACAGCAUUCGCGUCGACGCCCUCAGCAGCACUCGCUGCAGCCAAGAGCGAGGCCUUCGCCCAGGGGCAGCAGCAGCAGCAGCAGCAGCAGCAGCAGCAGCAGCAGCAGCCCUGCGGCCCCGCAGGCAGCGCCGCCUUCGUGAGUGCCCUGGAGCUGCACGCGGCGAAGCGCGCCGGGGGCUCCCCCAAGAGCCUGCUGGCCGCGCCGCGGGCGCCCAGCAAGAGGGGCCUCAGGGCCGCGGGCAGCUCCCGUCUUCUUUUUUUUUCGCUGGAGGACGGCGAGUUCGUCGGCAGCGUGCCCUCGCGGCUCUGCGGCGAACACGUCGAAGUGCUGCAGCUUUCUGCAGAGAGCAUGGCUGCCUGGGCGCCGCAAGACGCAGCAGCUUCCUGCGCCGAAGACGCGGAGGCCGCCGGCGCGCGCCGCGAAGUUGGCCGCUUUUCAAAGUCCCCGAGUCCCCAAAGCCCGCAAAUUCCCUCCCAAACCCCAGCCAAAGCCAAGCGCAAGGCGCCGCUGGCCCGCGGCGAGGGGCUGAAGGAGAACUUCUCCAACUCCGAGGCCUCCCCGCGAGAAGAGGCCGCUGGGGGUCUUCGCCGCAGAAGCAAACGCAGUUUGCUUUCGGGCUCCGACGCAACUGCCGAAGGCAAGAAGAGGACCUCGCGGCUGCUCUGA